CGCUCUCACGAACAGUGCGUCUGGUCGUGUCCGCCUUAGCCAGCUUACAGCUCACCACCACCUCUCACUCAGCCCGGACCAGCUCUCCACAUCCCCACAUCCCUACACAGCCCUUAUCAGUCCACCUCCACCACAAACCACCAUGGCAGCCCUCCACGCCCACUCCGUCACCCUCCUCGAGGCCAAGCAGCGCUCGGGGCUCACGUUCGCCCAGAUCGCCGAAAAGGUCGGCAAGGAGGAGGUCUGGGUCGCCACCGUCUUCUUCGGCAACAUGUACGCUGAUGACGAGACGGCGGCCAAGAUCGCCGCGGCCGUCGGGCUCAGCGACGAGGCGACGAUCAAGGCUGUCGCUGGCAAGGGGCCUGCGAGCCUCGGCGUCGACGGCAUGGUCGUGCGCAAGCCGAGCUGGGAGGGCGGCGUGCCGACGGACCCCGUCCUCUACCGCCUUUAUGAGGUCAUCAUGGUCCACGGCCUGUCCAUCAAGGCCAUCAUCCAGGAGAAGUUCCAGGACGGUAUCAUGUCGGCCAUCAACUUCAAGGCAAAAGUCGACCGCGUGCCGGACCCGAAGGGCGACCGCGUGGUCAUCACGCUGGACGGCAAGUUCCUUUCGUACGAGUUCUAAUCGCGAGAUCUGUUAGGAAGUAGGGGUGAGAAGGCCGCAAAGCCGCGGGGCUCCAUGCCCAUGCCCCGGUGAUAGGUCGGUGGGCGGGCGCUACUUGCCACCAGUGACAGACGAGAGAGGAUAUGAAGUCCAAGUUCAAGAUUA